GCUACGUCGAGGGAGCGUCGCGCGUCACGGCAGUCGGCCAAUGGUGCGGCGGGGUGCCCCGCUCGGCCAAUCGGCGCCGGGCUCGGGCGGGCGGCUGGCGGCGGCGGCGGCCAAUGGUGCGCCGGGCUGGGGCGGGGUCCGGAGCCCGAGGAGGAGGAGCCGCCGCCGCCGCCGCCGCGGGGGGAGGGGAGGCGACACCGGUCUCGGCGGCUCCGCCUGGCGGCGGGGGGGGGGGGAUCGGGGCCUGGCCGGGCCCAGCCGAGCCUCCUGCGGGCAGCGGGCGCCGGAGGGAGCAGCGGGAGCCGCAGCCGGCCCCGCCCGGGCCCCAGCGCCGCGAUGGGCAACGCGGCCACGGCCAAGAAGGGCGGCGAGCUGGAGAGCGUGAAGGAGUUCCUAGCCAAAGCCAAAGAAGACUUCCUCAAGAAAUGGGAGAGCCCCUCUCAGAACACGGCCAGUUUGGAUCAGUUUGAUCGAAUCAAGACCCUGGGCACGGGCUCAUUUGGGAGGGUGAUGCUGGUGAAGCACAAAGAGACCGGGAAUCACUAUGCCAUGAAGAUCCUGGAUAAACAGAAGGUAGUGAAGUUGAAACAAAUUGAGCACACCCUCAAUGAGAAACGGAUCCUCCAGGCCGUCAACUUUCCAUUCCUUGUCAAGCUCGAGUAUUCUUUCAAGGUAGGUGUCCUUCGCUUGCCAGCCCGGCCCUGGGCUCUGUCUGCCCCUGACUCCCACAAUCCCCUUGAUUUGUUUCCUAUUUAAAAGCAAAGCUGUGCU